AUACAGAUUACAAACAAUGGAGUGGAUAGAUGGCGCACAUUCUGAAGUAUUUGGAGGGUCAGACGGCGUGGUUCAGGUCAAAUACCAUGGUGUAUGGGGCACCGUAGGCAGAACAGGGUGGUCAGACGCAGCAGCAGCCGUGGUGUGCUCACGCCUCGGCUACAGAACCGGUAUUGGGUUCCCAAGACCUGUGUACAGAAGCUGGAAAUCUUGGGAUCCAUCGUUAGUACAGUGGUACGAAGGGGUGCAGUGUGACGGAAAUGAGACCUCUCUCGAGGCAUGCGCACACUCGGGUACCUGUCAUUAUGCAAAUCAUUUGUGGGACGUGUCAGUCAGUUGCUUCGAUACUUGGGAAGGUCUUACCGUAAGAUUCGCGGCAGUGUUCUCUUUCUUUUCGAAUAUUUUGGGGACUUUAGUAGUAGAGCACCAGGGCUCGAAUGGAUUCGUAUGCACGGAUGGGUUUGACGAUACGGAGGCCAGUAUAAUUUGCAGAGCUAAUGGAUAUAAAUCGGGAAGAUCUGUUUAUCAUCAUUCUCUCAUAGAUUACUUUCGAGGCCCAGCGUGGAUAUCCCAGCUUAACUGCAGCGGCAGCGAGGGCUCUCUAACAGACUGCCCGUAUGUUGUCAAUGAUGAGAACUGUUACUCGGGUUCUUGGUUGAGAAGAGCGGCUGUUUUGUGCUUAGAGACAAUAGAUCCGCAAGAGAGCAUCCACUAUCGACUGGAAGAAGGCACCAUGUUUAGCGGCAAAGUUAUGGUCGGCGUGAACGGCCUUUGGAAACCGGUAUCAGAGAGAGAUUUUGCGACAACAGAGAGCACAGUAUUUUGUAGACAAAUGGGCUUUGAUUACGGUGUUAGAUAUACCUACGGCGACGCAGGGUGUAUAGAUUCCAAUUCACGUUGGGACAUGUGGUUAACCGUCGAUGAAUGCAAUCCAGAUUAUCAUACCACUCUAGAAGAGUGCACGAUAGAGGGAAGAUACUGGCAAGGGUCUAUACGAUGUCGCCCCCCACGAGUCCUGUGCUACUUCGAAGCUGGCGACGUGUGCACGGGUGGUGCAUCUCACCCUGAUGUGAUAGAACACAAGUGGGGCCAAAUUCGAAGUCCGCGGAGACCCGCAGUAACCAAUUCUGAUUACGAUGUGCAAUGCUGGUGGCUGCUACAAGUUCCACGUCAGUAUGUUUUGAAUGUGGAAAUCUUUGUCAAGAUGGACGCUACCAACCUGACUCUGUACGACGGCUCCAGUGUCAACUCCAAUGUAUUAUUGUUCCUGUCUGGCAGUGGAGAAAGUGAGCAAACACUGCAAGCGACUGGACAUCAGCUACUUAUUCACUACGACCAGGCUUCCUACACGGACUACUUUAUAUUGGGAUAUGAAGCUGUUUGUAAUAGCAUUCUCGGAGUGCCCGCAUGGCGUAAUACAGACAACGUCACGUCCUUGUAUGGUAAGAACGUCACCUUGUUAUUCACCGGAAGUGAUUGGAAUGCAACCUGUGAAAAUUUUUCAUCCGAGUGCCUCAGUGGUAUACAAGCCUGCCAACUGUCAUGUGACGCGAAUACGUACUGCUGGACAUUAUACUAUGACAUACAUAAUGGCAGCUGCUACAUUGGGGUUCGCUCAUACCAAUACGGCAAGACAGUAGAUCUCACAGAUGUUCACCUUUUGCAAUAUGAAAUUGAUUGUACAGUCAAUGGUUCGUGGUCUGCCUGGUCGUCAUGGUCACAUAUGCCAGUCACGUGCGGGUCAGGGGUCAUCAGCAGGACUAGAACAUGCACAGAUCCAAGUCCACAUUUCGGAGGAUCAGACUGCGAAGGCAAUUCCACAGAGGAGACUUUGGCUUACUCACAAAAUUGCCCAGUCCCAUGCUCUGCGCCAAAUAGCACGAACGAUUCUUUUCUUAUCCCAAUUUCAAAUAGAUCAUAUUAUCUUUGGAAUGAGCAACUUGAUGUUUUCUGUGUGCCUGGGUAUUCAUCUUUGAGUGGCCAAACCGAAUACACCAUUACGUGUGGAUACAACGGUACCUGGGACAUGGAAAAUGUAACAUGUGUUUUAAAAAGUAGUAUAAUUGACUCAGAAACGGUUAACUACAACCAUUCUGAGACGAGCAUGGUAGUAACGUCGGUGUCACUGACUGGAAUGGAAUAUAAUGAUAGUGCAGCAACUAUCUCGUAUUCUUCUUUGGUAGACUCGGUGCUGUUUAAUGUGUCACAGGAGUAUUCUCAAUCAGCGGAGCAAACCCUGUUAUUCCCAUCAGCGUCGGUCUUAAUCCCAAGCAAUGAAAAUAAUGCAACAGACUUAUCUGAAGGGAUAUCGACUAUAUCUUUUGAUGGCACGUCCCCUCCAUCCAGUGACUUAGAGACAGACUUCAUUUCAACGUCGAUUGAUUCUAUUUUUAUUUCAAAUUUAUCCACAUCUUUGGAUACGCUUCAACCCGAAGAAGUGUCUGACAUGGCGAGUACAUAUGUACAGAGCAGUCAGUCUAAUAACUCCAAUGUGAGUGAGGCAUUCCAGUCAACUCGAGGGCAAUUCUCAGACUUAAUGAAUAUGGCGUCAUCAGAGAGCAUAUCGUUCCUUUCAGCUUUGACUCCGUUUCCAAGCCUUUUUCGUUCUACACAAGAGGAAACAGUGACGAAUAUUCCAAGUGUGCCUUCUUCAGUAAGCGAGUCUUAUUCUCCCACAAUAUUUGCGGCUGUCCAUGAUUUCUCUUCAUCUAUAGAAAGUUUCAGUUAUUUCUCCACAGACAUUGGUUUCGUGUCACCAGACAUUAGUUUUGUGUUGCCACCAACAAGUGGAUUUUCCUCUGACAUUUCAAGCGUGGUGUCCUCAGGAAGCGUGGCUGAAAUGUCAUCAAUGUUUUCUUAUCCCCAGCUUUUCUCUUCUUUGCUAGAAAGUGCUGCUUCAUUGCCGUCAUCGGAAAACGUGUCCAGUCUUUUUCCAACGUCUUUAAAGCUCUGA